GUGACUGAAUCAGCAGCAUCCUCUUGAUAUAACAGAGAGAGAGGGAGAGGGAGAGAGAGCGUGAGGAGGAGCGAGAGAGAGAGAGCGCGUGAGGACAGCGAGAGAGACCGCGCACGAGCAUCCUGUGCUCAGACUCUCCAAGGAGGCUGCGAUGUAGACAGGAUGAAACUGGCGGGGUGUUUUUCCGAGGACCGUGCCUCUCGGUUGUCGUUACCUGUCAUGGUAUAUCAUUACCAUCUAUUAAUUAUGUGGAGAACAGGAGGAGCUUAUUAUAAUUUUGUCGAUGCCUGAGGAUUAUGGACCGUUACAGUAACGAACAACUGUGUAACGGUUCGGACAGCUGCCUCUUUCUUUUUCUUUUUCUUCUUCUUUCCCUUCUUUGCUUAAACAAUUUUUAAAGCGCUGGCGUCGGUGAUUUUCUAACAAAAUGUUGAAUUUAGCGCUCUGUCGACGUGAAGGAUGCCCGUGGCACGUCAUUUUUUGUUGCCGUUGGACAUAAACCUGUGGACGGGCGCUGUUUCCCAGGCAGUAUGAUACAAUAUUUUGACAUAACCGUUAUUUUUGUGUGUUACGCUCUAUUGCGCAUGCCUAGUGUUAGCUAUAGAAUGCUGCCCGACGCCACUUCUCUCCGUCCUGGCCGUGAUUUAGGAGAGAAAAAGUGACGGCAGCUGGGGGACUACAUAGCAAAAAAGAGAGAGAAAAUGCGUUGGCAAAGUGGCAGCGUGGCGAGCAAAGGAUUUGACUUGAGAUCCUUCAUGAAAUAGAUUGUGCCAUAAACUGAAGAAUGUCAGGGACACCAAAUGCAGAAGCUGAAGGAGUAGUCUCCAAAGUAAAAGUGAAAAAGGAGAUCAAGACAAUCGUGGAGAAUUUGGAAACCAUCCUGGGAGAUCUUAAGGAUGUAGCUAAAGAGCUCAAAGAGGUUGUUCAUGAGAUUGACACCCUAACUUGUGACCUGCAGUUGGAGGAAGACGGACUAACAGACAGCUCAAAGACAGACACACUGAACUCCAGCUCGAGCUCCACCACCACCACUACCACUGCAUCCAGCCUGGAGAAGAUGAAACUCUUUCCCGAAGACUGCAUAUUUAAAACACCUGCUUCCCUAAUGCCAGUCCCCAUCAACCCUCCUGGAGUCCUGACUGUACUCAAGAAGCCACACCCACCUCUACCACCACCAAGGCAUACCCCGCUGAGAGCCGAGGACCACAACGUUAAAAAUCUGCCUCAUCCAACUUUAGUGUUAUCAGGGAAUCUAUCCAAGGCUAAUGGGUCUCUAUUAAGGAAUGGUGGGGUUUUCCCAUUGAAAUCAAACAGGGAUUUAUUUUCCUCUACACCAUGCUUCAUUUCUAAUGACAGUGGAAUCCCUGAGUCGGGUCUUGUUCCUACAUUGCCCAGACCCAUGCCUCUUCUACGGCAUGAAAAGAACAAAUGCCCCAAGGCCCCUGGCAGGGAGCCACGUGAGAGGGAACGUGUACGUUUCAGCGAGAAGGUUCAGUUUCAUGGCUACUGCCCGGACUGCGACCUCCAGUACGAUGUAGAUGACACAGAACUACACUUGCAGGCUGAGCUGAAUGACUUGAGGCUCAGCCCAGUACACUGCUGCUCCUCUUCCCCUCCUCCUCCUCAUUCUCUUUCCCAUGAAUUCAUGUUGGAAAAUGGCGGUCUACCAGUCAGCCACAGUUUCCCACCAACAGGAAACACUGCUCCACCUUGUGUGCCUCCUCACACACCUUCUCUCAAGCCCCAGAAAACAAUCCUUCGCAAAUCAACCACCACCACAGUUUGACACCAACUCCCCUUUGUUGUGUCUAGUUUAAACAUUUUCGAAUCAUUCAUAGUGUUUUCUACUUUAUGAGUGCUUUCUACUGCAGUUGAACUUUGGAUUAUCCAGAGAGAAGAAAGGAUUGGAAAUAAUAAACAAAAGAGCGGAUAUAGUGAGUGGAACAGAAGAAGGCAUCGCCGUGGGCAUCAAGAUGUACAUGGAGAGAUCAGGACGAAGCGUGAGAGAGGAGAGAGCAAGCCGGCAAGCAGAGAAACUGAGGAAAGAAAUAAGGAAGAUAAGAAGUAAGAAAUAAGGAAGCAAGGUAAAGAUGUGUGGAGGACAGUUGUGAUGUUCGGGAGGUAUGUUAUAUAAACAGUGAAUUUAAUAUGUAUAUCACUUAUAUGUUCUGUUGGGGUGGUGGGGGUGGAAAUCUUGAAGGUUAAAGCUGAGAAAACCAGGGGAAUGAAAAUCGCACAUUGAUGACUAAAUCCAAUGCAAGACCUCACUGGCCUUACAAUCUAAAAUCGGCAUCUAGAUUAGGGAUCAGUGGAUAUUUAGCCAUGUAAAAAAUGAGAAAGAGUAAGCACGAGUGGGGAUGAGGGCACAUAGGGUAAAAGUGUGGGACAGAGAGAAAGUGAGUGUGCCGUAGAGAGAGACAGACAGAGAGAUGGUGAUGCAGUGAAAGCUGAUGCUCUUUUAGCUGCAUUGCCCUGCUGUUGUGUAGAAAAUGUGGAUGUAUGUUUUUCCACUCGAUUAGUGCUCACGGCACAGAACAUCCACUGUAUUAAUGUUGUAUUCAUGGUUUUAUGUCUGGCAGCAGCAUGCACACAUACGUACAUAUUGAAAUACUCAUACAAAUAGGUACAUCAUCAGUAGAUCCUACUCAUAUGGGCUUCUGCCACCGUAGUAGUUUUUUAGUAGCUGAGGAAAUUGGCACAGUGUCAUCAUGUGAUUAAAGAUGUUUAAAGUUGUUUUGUUGCAAAUUCUGUGCUUAAAAACUCUUAGGCUAGCUCAGUUUAGUAAUAAACUUCAAAAUCUUUUACCAUAUCCAUCCAUUCGCUUCCGCGUGUCCUUUUCAGGGUCACGGGGGCGCUGGAGCAUGUCCCAGCUGUCUUUAGGGCGAGAGGCGGGGUACACCCUGGACAGGUUGCCAGUCUAUCGCUGAGGUUCCUUUACCAUAUAUUUUUUUAAAUCUCUUAUCCACCUCAGUAUCUAGGGCUGGAAAUUAACCCAGCUUUCACAGAGUGAGAGGUAGGGUACGCUCUGGACAAGUCACCAGGGCUAGACAGAGUCAGACAUCAUCAUAGACAGAUAAACAGAGAAAGACUUCUAUUCACAUCACAUCCAACCAAUUAAGAGUCACCUAACCCUUACUUUAACCUGUGGGAGAACAUGUAAACUCCACACAGAAAGGGCCAGCCCCAACUGAGGUUGAACCCAAAACCUUGCGGUGAAGCGACAGCGCUAAACAUCAUACCACCCAAAAUGCAUACCAAAUUUACCCGUUUCUGAUCAAAAACUGUGAUCAAAUAACUAAACACAAAAAGAAAAACAUUGAAAACAUUGGAGGCAUCUGCUUUAUUUUUCCUUUCCCACUCUGUCUCAUUUGUGGCCAUUUGCUGUUGCACCUUCCACUCAGAUGUCUUACUGAAUACAACAUGAUAUACAUUUUGUAAAUUAUGGGCCUUGUUAGAGACAAAAGUGCUCAGUUCUGGUAUGUUUUAGGGCGUGCCUACUUUGGCAUUGAUAAGCUUUUGCCACAUCAACAUAAAGUUGCCAGGGUACCAGAAAGGUGGUGGUCAAUACCAGAAACAGUAGAAUGACAUGGCUCUCAAUACACAUGUUGAUAUGAAAACACAAAGAUAUUCCCAUGUAUUUGAAUGUAUGAUCAUGUAUUUAAAAAAAUUACAAAAAUGGCAUUUCUGUAUAUUAAAGCACAGUACAAAGAACAGUACAAAACCUAAAAAGCUAACAGUAUAUUUUGUUGACUGAAAUAGGAAGCCUGCUUACAUUAUUACAAUUACAUUACAUUAGCUUAAGCACGUUAUAUUAGACAUUGCAAACAUUUUAGCCUGUGGGAACAAACUGUCUUAAACAAAAUGGUAAUGUGUAAUUCAGGAUAACAUAAGAAGGAUAAUACUUUAAGUGUUGUUAACAUUACGUAAAACGUAUUCAGCCUGAAUUCUUGGAUGACUAGGUGCUUCAGUAGGCAAGGCAGGGCAAGUUUAUUUGUAUAGCACAAUUCAACAACAAGGUGAUUCAAAGUGCUUUACAGAGACAUUAGA